UGACAUCUUCAUUCAUGGUGCAAGCAGUGGAAGAACUACUACAAGGGACAGACAGGAACGCGAUGCAAUGGGAACAGAUAGCGGCCCAUGAGCGGUACCAGACACAGCAAAGCCAUUCACGAAGCCACCACUGCUGGACACGCAAACACCGAAGUUCUUUGGCUUUGGGGACCUUCAGUCAGUAGAAGAGUUUUUGGACAAGCUAAGUGCGCUUUCUAUUUGCUCAACGCCAUACCGCGGGAGGACCGUAAAGAACAGGUUGUGCUGGCAGCUUUAGAUAGUAGCGCGAGGUUUUGGCUCCAAUUCCCUGAUGGCUUUUCUGACUGGGACUCAUUUGUCAAUGCAUUCCGAAAGGAGUUUGUGCCCAUUGACUAGCAAAAAACUUUUGAAAGAGCAUCUCAGGCACCGCGCACACACACAAAAAAAAGAUGAAAACCAGAGACAAGGAGCAAGAAGGAACACACACAACACGUUCUCAAACGCUGCAAACCAUUUAAUAACACAAAACUCCUACACUCCCAAUAACCUCCUGAUGUGUAGAAAGGGGGAAACAGAAGGAACGCUAACACAGUUUCCCCUGGACUUCAUCUCCUUGAACUCGGCUGAAACUCGUCCAACCAGGUCACGCACAUUUUCCAGAACAACGGUCUCUUCGAAUAGCGGCAUACAAUUGCGACAUUCUUUCAAUUGUCCACAUAAUUCAGAAUUCCCUGAAAGGCUGUCAGCAUUCCUUUUAUGUGCUAGGAGUCUAAUGUUUAAGAAUCUGCACGAUUGUCCUACGUAGCAAAAGCCACAAGCAAAGGGAAUAUAAUACACAACACCAAUGGUGCAUUCAACAACCUGUCCUGUGUGAAACAUUGCAACCUGACUUACUAGAAUGAAAGGGUGUUAGAGAGCUCAAAUGGGGAACAUUUGAAAACCAAACCUUUUUGUGUCAGCUAAGAUGUUAUGUGACACCGCAUGGAAAUAUGGAAUACAAACGUGUGUAGAAGCUCCUUAGAACGACGAGGCUUUACAUCACCUAUGCUCAGGAAACAAUCUAGUAACUUUGAAUGCAACAAAUUAGGACCAAAUCCUGAUGGCGAAGGCUAUCAGAGACGAAAUGGCAGCAAGACUUGUUUAGCGUCGACCAGAUGAGCGAAGCUGCAAUGCCCGACUUAAUCUUGGAAUGGGAGCUGUUUAUGGGAAGUAACGGUUUGCCACCAGAUUUACCACACGCCCAACAAAAUAGGGGACACAACCGCAACGAAAGGUAAAGAUAUUGAAGCCUACCUUCAACUACUACACGCUCAAUGGAGAAAACUAGCUCAGGUGAUGAAGACAUCAUUGCCUGCACAGCUUUGGACACAAGGGAGACAUCCGUCGAUACAACCAAUAUGUCAUCUAUAAGGCCCUUGGUUUUCCGCGAUUCCAUGAAAUUUCGCGGAAUUCGGAAUUAAUCGUGGAAUCCUUCAUUUGGCACAGAAUUUCACGGAAUCCCUUAUCUUUAGGGCUGUGCGGAUAUUCGAGUUCUCGAAUUCGAAUAAAAUACUUCGAGAAUACCCAAGAAUACAGGAAUAAUACUUCGAAAAUACAAGAAUCGAAUACCCGAAUAUUGGGUAUUCAAUUCGCGAAUCGAAUGCCCAAUGUUAACCAAUGCCAAUGAAUAUCCAAUGCCAACGGGUUUUCCACUUGGGUGAAGAUAUCGGUGAUUUUUCGUUUCAAUUACAUUAAAUUGCCAGGAAAGGGUUUGAACAACGUUUUAAGGGCAUCCUCUGCCUUGAUCGUUAUGUAAAGCAACAGUGGCAAGACAGCAAAACGGACAGAUUUAUCACACUCAACAAGGGCCGAAUCUAUGUUUUUUAGUUCAUGCCUUACAGUACCUAGAACAUUGGACACUUGUUUACAAUUCCCCGACAACACAGCCAAAGUGGGCAGGCACCCCACACAUUGUUCAACUAAUGCUAUCUCCGCAGACGGUUCAUGUAUCUUAGAGGCCACAGUUUGAACAGCAGAUGCCACCUCGAUUUUAGACCACUUAACUGGAAUACAGAACUUAGGGGUUUUUGAGAGAACAGACUGUUGUGUCGUAGGUUAUCUUUAUUAUCACGCAUCUGCUUUCCUCGUUCCUUAUCUGGUUAUCUUAAUACACGUUUGUGUUAUCUUGUUUAGUUCAUGCCGCAAGGCGGCGUGCUUGACAUAAGCUAUAUAAACAGUGGAUUUUGAAAUAAAGGUUGUUGUUGGUUUGGGACCUGCUUGGCUGGUGCCUCCUCCUUCCUGCCGGGAACAUCACAAAAUGGCGACGAGGGCUUAAGUGCUGUACGAACCACGAGCCACGGCCACAGGAUGAGCUUCUUUGGUCUUCAGCCGCCGGCGCUGUUUCUUCCAUUGCCGGGGGACCCAGAGUUGCCAUGGGAGCAGUGGCGCAGCAUGUUUUUGAACUACUUGGCUGCCAUUACCGACACUACGUUCACGGGCCCGAGGAAGAAGGCGGUGUUGUUGCACUGUUUGGGUGCAGAAGGGCAACGGAUCUUUCAGGCUUUGGAGACGGCGACUGUUGUCAUGAAAGAGGGCGAGGGAGACGGGAAAGAUGGUGGCAAGGACGAGAGCAAGCAGAGUGAAGUGUUGGAACAAGCGUUGCAGAUCCUGGACAAGAGGUUUGGAAGUGCGCCGAACGUAGCCGUUCUUCGCCACCGGUUUCGUGCGAGACGACAGCAGCCUGGAGAGUCAGCGCAAGCGUUUGUCGGAGAACUAAGAUGCCACGCAGCGAAAUGUCAGUAUGGGACAUUUGAAGAUGAUGCUGUCAGGGACCAAUUACUGGAAGGCACUGUGGUCCCGGGACUACGGAAGCGACUACUAAUAGAAGGCGGACGGUUAUCACUGAGUGCUGCGGUGACGUUGGCAACUACGUACGAAGAGAGCAUAAAGGCCGCCAAAGAGUUUCAGCAGUCUGGUGAAGUACAAAAAGUUGACAAGUACCGGCAGCAGCAGAGAAGGAGAGGGAAAUGGCCGCAAAAGGAAGCCAAGGGCGCAGACCGACAUCCAACGGGGGGUCCUAAACCAACAUUACAACGUGCCGGUAAGCAAUUGGCAUGUUAUCGUUGUGGAAAAAUUGGUCAUUUCGCCAAUGACGGAAAUUGUAGAGCCAUAGAUAAGAAAUGCAGAGGAUGUGGAAAGAUUGGACAUCUUAUCAAGGUCUGCCGAAAUUCAAAGACUAUUAACGCAAUCCAGUCAAACAACGAGGAUAUCGCUGUAUUAAGAAUUGGGGACAGACAUGCGAAUGAGGUGUACGCCGAAGUUACUGUGGAGGAUGUCUCCAUGAGAUUAACUGUCGACACCGGGUCAGCGGCUUCGUUAAUGCGUCAAGAUGUGUACAUGGUCAAUUUCGAGCGGAAGUACCCGUUAGCACCACCGCCACGCAAGCUGGUGAAUUACAGUAAUCAGAAGAUAUCUGUUACGGGUUGCUUCGAAGCUAAAGUUGUGUUCAAGGACAAAGUGGGGACGAUUUUGUUCUAUGUUGUACCAAGGGGAACAACCUUGCUGGGACGUCAUGCCGUCCGGGUGUUGAACAUAUGCAUUGAGGGCAAGUCGUUGCAGUGUUUGAGUAUCGAUGGGACUAAUGAGAGUGUCUUGCCGCCAGAUCUAAGAAGAGAGUUCGGACAGUUGUUUGAGAAACGAAUUGGUUUUGCAAAAGGAUUUACGCAUAAAGUGCAUGUGAAGGCUGAUGUCAAGCCUGUAGCACAGAAGUUGCGUCGGCUACCGCUGGCGUUGAGAGACAGGGUGUCCAAAGAACCGAAUAAGCUCGAAAGUGAAGGCAUCAUUGAAAGGGUUGAUGCAUCGCUGUGGGUGUCACCAAUUGUGGUGGUUCAGAAGCCGGACGGUAACAUUCGACUUUGUGUCGAUCUGAGGGAGCCCAACAAAGCGAUAGUAGCUGAUGCGUACCCGUUGCCUACAGUGGAGGAAUUGCUGAAUUCUUUAUCAGGAGCGAACUAUUUUGCAAAAUUGGAUUUGGCGUCAGCAUAUUAUCAAGUUGAUCCGAGUCAGGAAAGUCGUGCGCUGACAACAUUUAUCACACAUGAGGGACUGUUCUGGUUUCGGCGUGUUUGUUUUGGACUAGCGUCGGCACCAUCGGUGUUCCAGAAACUGAUGUUGCAGCUUCUUCGAGACUGCCAAGGAGUCGUUGUGUACUUGGACGAUGUUGUGGUGUUCGGCAGUGAUCGGGAAGAAUACCGGAGAAAUUUGCGAAGGGUCUUGAAGAAAAUAGCGGAGGCUGGACUAACCCUUAACAGGAAGUGUGUAUUCGACAGGCAGGAAAUUCAGUUCCUCGGGCACCAGUUGUCUUCCGGUGGAAUUCGGCCUCUGCAAUCGAAAAUUGAUGCUGUCAUGCAUGCCCCAGCGCCCAAAAAUCAAGAAGGACUCCGUGCAUUCAUAGGACUUACUGGUUAUUAUGCCCGCUUCGUACCUCGCUACGCGCAUGUGGUGGAACCCCUGUGUAGACUUCUACGUAAAGGCGCGUCGUUUGAGUGGAAUAAGGAAGCGGACGAAGCCUUCAGGAGAGUCAAACAGCUUCUAGGAGCAGCAGGGGUACUGCGUCCUUUCGACCCUAAGUUGCCAGUUAUUGUAACAACGGACGCCUCUAGCUGUGGAGUUGGAGCGGUGUUGCAGCAGCGAGACGAGAAGAGCCUGCACACAGUAUCUUUUGCAUCGAGGACCUUGUCCACUGCAGAACGGAACUAUUCGACAGGUGAGCGAGAAGCGCUCGCUUGCAUCUGGUCUUGUGAGCGAUGGCAUGUUUACCUCUGGGGGAGACACUUUACACUUAGGACUGAUCAUCGCGCGCUGGUCACUCUUCUGUCAACCCGAGGGCAGGGACAUCGACCUCUGCGGAUUGUGCGCUGGACAGCCAGACUCCUGAAUUACCACUACACGGUCGAACAUAAGAAGGGCUAUGAAAACGUCAUAGCCGAUGCCCUGUCUAGGCUGCCUCUGUCCAACAGCGAGGAAACAAAAUUCGAUGAGGAGGUAGUUUCAUGGGUAACUACCUGUCUGACAAAGGCAGAAGUACAGCGAGCAACGGAGCAGGAUGGCCUGUUGAAGAAAGUUAUCAUAUACAUCAGGACGUCUUGGCCAGUGAAGCGGAGUGUGUCUACAGAGGAAGAACCGUUCUAUCAGGUACGGGAGGAACUGUCCGUAGUUGAUGGUCUUGUGUACAGGGGUGAAAGACUAGUGGUUCCAAAACAGUUGUUGAGAAGGAUCAUUUCCCAAGCUCAUCAGGCUCACCAGGGGAUGGCAAAUGGAUUGAUAGAACGGUUUAAUCGUGUUCUGAAAGAUCAAGUGCACCUUGCAGUUUUGCAAGGGAAGCCAGUGACGGAGGUAGUACAGCAGGGUCUGCUGGCAUUUCGGUGCACGCCGCAUGCUACAACGGGAUGUGCUCCAGCAGUGCUCUUGCACGGCCGAAUGCCUCCGACGAAGUUGCACGUGGUUGGCAUAGCAGUGCCUUCAACCCCUCCCGGAGUUGAUCUACGUCGGAAGGAUCGUCGGGUGUGGAAUGCAUCAAAGUUAGCACUAUGCUCUCGGCCUGUCUCUACGGAUGCAGCCUGUUCGUCAGAGCUGUUGUCGCCUGCCAUCUACAGUGGGGUGCAAGAUGUAUUAUGUGGUGAUGUGCAAGCAGCUCAAGAACCUGAAGGACCAACCGACAUAGACGCAGGGAGUGAUGUCCAGACCCCAGAGCCAGUGCCUCCAGCAACUUCUACCGAGGAGCGGGAUGAGGAUGCAAGUGUGCAGGGAACUGUACCCGAGGGACAGCACGCAAGUCGACCUCGGAGAGUGCGACGACCCCCAGCGUAUCUCCGUGAUUAUGUUUUGGAUUAG